GAUUUCCGGUGUCGCUGCAGCCAGCUUGUCGCCGGUGGAGCGCUCGGUCCCGGUGCAGCAGCAUCCAGCCUCAGAGUGGACGGCGCGCGGCUGCACACGGAACAAGCAGGAGCCUCCGCGAACUCACUGCUCAAACCCGCGGGGACUUUGUGCUCGACACCCGGGGCUGCGCUGCUGAAGUGACCGCUGCGGAGGAUGAACCCUCAGUGCGCCCGCUGCGGGAAGAUCGUGUACCCGACGGAGAAAGUCAGCUGCCUGGACAAGAACUGGCACAAAGGAUGUUUCCACUGUGAGGUUUGCAAGAUGACGCUGAACAUGAAGAACUACAAAGGCUACGACAAGAAACCGUACUGCAACGCACAUUACCCCAAGACGUCAUUCACCAUUGUGGCAGACACACCAGAGAACCUGAGACUGAGGCAACAGAGCGAGCUGCAGAGUCAGGUGAAAUAUAAGAAAGACUUUGAGGAGAGUAAAGGACGAGGGUUCAGCAUCGUGUCCGACACUCCGGAGAUGCAGAGGCUGAGGAGGACGCAGGAGCAGAUUAGUAACGUAUGGACACACACACACACACACACGCUCCUGUUUGUCCUUGUGUGUCUUUCUUUCUGUGUGUGUGUGUGUGUGUGUGUGUGUGUGAUGUGAAGCAUUUGUAUGAAAUGUUUGAAGGAGGGUGCACUUUGGUCAGUGAGCUCACACACACAUUCACACACACAUGCGAACACACACACACACACACACACACACACACACACACACCUCCAGCGUUGUGGACACUGAAGA